AUGUUUAAAUAAAAGAUAUUUUCCUUACCAAAAAAAAUAAUAAAAUAAAAGAUAUUUUUUUAAAAAAGUUAAAUUACAAUAUAGUACGAAUAGAAAUAUGAUUUGAUGAUUAUUAAUAGGAUAACCAGCUGAUAUAUAAAUAGAAAUGAAUGCAUAUAUACUUAUUAUUAUGUACGUUUAGUUUUCCUUCUAAAUUCACAAAGGAAAGUGAUAUAGAACAGAGAUUAUUUUAAUUAAUCAAUUAAAUUAACACACAUAUCGUAAUUAUUAAUUAAUAAUGGAAAAGAGAAGUGUGUUGAAUCUACCGAGAAUGAUCGGGAGUGAUUAUGAACUAGGUAAGGAAAUUGGCCAAGGCACAUAUGGUACUACUUACCUAUGUCGACACUUAAUAACCAAUGAAACUCUAGCUUGCAAGGUCAUCUCAAAGGCUAAUAUUACAACCCAGGUAAUUUUAUAAUAAUAAAUUAUACUAAUUAACUAUAUUAUGUAAUUAAAUAAUAAUAAUAACAAUGUAUCCUUAUAUAUAGGAGAAAAUCGAGAAUAUAUAUCGUGAGUUGACCAUCAUGAUGACAUUGUCGGAUCACCCGAACAUUGUGAAGCUAAAGGCAUUUCGUGAAGAUGAAGACUUCUUUUACUUUAUUAUGGAGCUUUGUGAGGGAGGCGAGUUGUUUGAUCGAAUUGAGGCUAAAGACUACUUGACCGAGGCAGAGGCAGCCCCUGUGGCUAAGAUGAUAGCCAAGGCAGUUUGUAUGUGCCAUGUGGCUGGGGUCAUACAUAGAGAUUUGAAGCCUGAAAACUUUUUGUUCCUUAACAACCAACCAGACUCGCCUCUCAAACUCAUUGAUUUUGGAUUUUCUGUGUUUUUUAAACCUAAUCAAAGGUUUUCAGAUAUAGUGGGGACUCUGUCUUAUGUAGCUCCGGAAAUGUUGAGCCAAUGGAAGCGUCAUGGACCAGAAGUGGAUAUUUGGAGUGCUGGAGUUAUCAUUUACAUUAUGUUAUGUGGUCAUUUCCCAUUUUAUCUUAAUUCAGAUUUAGAUUUUGAUAAAACUACUCAGACAACUUGUGCUAUUUUAAAAGGAGACAUAGACUUUGAAACACAACCGUGGCCUCAAAUUUCUGAGAGUGCUAAGAGUCUUAUUAGGCAAAUGCUAGAGCGUGAUCCAAAAAAGCGUUUGACUGCUCAACAAGUGCUUGGUAAUUACUAAUCUAUGCAUAUAUAUUUUUUGUUUUGUAAUGUGUCUUUCUAAUUAAUUUUAUUUUCUUAAUUAACUUUAUUAAUAUUGGUUAUUAUGUUUAUUAUUGCAGAGCACCCUUGGAUUCGAAAUGCAUAAAAGUACCAAAUGAUACUACUUUUCUUUUUGGUCUAUCCAUGGCAUGGAUAAUAAAGAGUUCAAUUCAAGAUGAUGAAGACGAAAAUAUACUCUUGUCUUAAUUAAUAAUCAUUUACUGUUAUGUAUAUUUAUAUUUUAUCACCCUUUGUUUUAUUUGUAUUAAUAUUGAUUAUUUCACAACAUUCUAUUUCGUUUGCAGCAUUUAUUUCAACUUCAACUUUUUAUUUAUUCAUACAUGUAUGUGUGUUUUUCUACUUAAUUAAUUAAUUUCUGUACAAUUACAAC